AGACAGAGCGCUGUGUACUAGCUUGGGAGAGGCGGGGGAGAGAGGGAGGAGAGACCAGAGGGAGGAGGGGAGGAGAGCAGGGGGCUGCCUCCCCCUGCCUCAGCAUCCCUCCCCCUCGGGGCCGCUGGGAGGGACCUCUCCUCCUCAGCCGCAAAGUUCCCAAGUCUGGGGAAGCUGUGGGCCGGAGAGGAGCUCGCGCCUUCCUUUCCGACGAGGGCUCGGGGACAGUUUGCCUGCCUUAGGAAUUAUUGGCCGCCAGAUAAUCUGACAGCAGAGCUGAGGACGAUCUGCAGGUUCAUCAGCAGGGAGACCUCCAGCCGUGACAUAUGCCUGUGCCGCCGCCACCGCCGCCACCUCUGCCCCCACCCCCACCGCCCACCGGGGCACCUCCACCCCCUCCGCCUUUGGCCCCUCUGCCCAGCGCGGAGGCCCCCAGACUCAAGGAUGUGCCCCAAGGUCGCAGCGCGCUGCUGGCAGACAUCCAGCAAGGGACUCGCCUGAGGAAGGUCACCCAGAUCAAUGACCGCAGCGCCCCCCAGAUCGAACCUUCAAAAGGAGCCAACAAAGAAAGCGGAGGAGCUCCCGGGAACUCCCGAGGGGGCAACCCACAGGCCCUGGGAGGUCUGUUUGCAGGGGGCUUUCCAGUGCUGAGACCGGCGGGCCAGAGAGAUGGCUCAGGUGCCGGGUCCAGAGCUCCAUCCCCUCGGCUUCCCACUAAGGCCAUCAGCGGGCCGCUCAACCCCCCCGCGUCUCCCAGGCUCGGACAUGCGGCUGAAGCAUCGGGCCCUUCCCGAUCCGUCCCUCCGCGCCCCAACGUGCCCGCCCCUCCCCCUCCCAGCACCCCUCCCCCGCCGCCCCCUCCCCUCCCUCAGUCCGUGUCUCUCUCUGCCAUUGUCAAGCCCCCCCUCGUGUCUCCUCCCGCUCCGAUGACCAAGACGAGCGCCCAGAUCGCGGCCCCCCCGCCCCCCACCGUGGGUCCCCCACCCCCUCCCCCCACGCCCCCACCUCCUCCUCCUCCUCCUCCACCCGUGCAGAGCGAGAAGGGGGCGAAGCCCGCCAUCGGGCCGUUGAACCUGCCCCCUCCUCCGCCCCCUCUCCCUCUGCUCCCCCCCUGUGGGUUUCCUGGGCCAGUUGCAGAAGCUUCUGGUCCCGCCCCUCCUCCGCCCCCACCCCCACCCCCGCCGCCACCCCUCCCUCUUUAUUCCUCUCCUUCUCCCAGGUCCUCCUUGCCCCCGACACCUCUGCCGGGCUCCGCUAGUAACAGUGACGCUGCCCCUACUCUUCCUCUCAAGUCCCCUAAGGCCGGCCCCCUCCCCCCCACUCCCCCGGCUUCUCAGUCCACUAUCCUGGUGCAGAAGAAAAGACCUGGCAGAGGGGCAGGGACCGGCGGUGGGAAGCUGAAUCCACCUCCAGCACCCCCGGCAAGAUCCCCAACCACAGAGCUGUCCAGCAAGAGUCAGCAGGCCUUGGCCUGGGUGGGCGCCCCGCAGCCUGGGGCACCCUUGAAGAAUGGAAACUUCCACCUCACAGAUGACUUUGAGUCGAAAUUUACUUUUCAUUCGGUAGAAGAUUUCCCUCCUCCCGACGAAUACAAGCCAAGCCAGAAGACGUAUCCCAGUAAGGUCCCCAAAAGCCCAACUCCAGGUUCCUGGGUCCCAGCAGAGGCGACCGGCCGGGGCACCGAGGAUGCCAAGGGUCGAAACUCUCAGUUACCGUUGAAAACCCUACGGUAAGAAGACACGAAGUAAAAGUCUCUCAUCACGUCCUGGUUCGUAGAGUGGAAUGGAGGAUCUGCCCAGGAACGCCAUCAGCAACCACACCAAACUCAAGUGUUUUUUUUUCAUCUGACAAACAGCUCGGAAGCGAGCCCUUAUUUAUUCUAGUUAGGUCGUUUGCACAGGCUUUGAAUCGGUGUUGUAGCUGUAUUUUAUUUUAGUGAUUUAUUUUUUCACGCGCCCGGAUCGCGGCAGCCCGUUUGUCCAAAGCAGUACAAAAAGGAGCUUUGCCCCAGCUGAUAAGUGCUACGGGGGAGAGGACGUCCGCUUCUCUCCCUGCCCAGUGUUCAUUCCGUGACUGUAAAUAGCCGGUGGGCUGGCCCUUCCUGUGUCUUUAGAAAAAGAAAACCUUUUUUGAAUUAGCUUUAGAAAAGUUUUAGCUAAUCCCUGUGUUCAAGAGCACAUGGCGACUCAUCAACGACACGACUUCAUAGUUUAAUUGCACCAGCUAGGUAAUGAAACCAAAAAACGCCUUUUGCAGAAUGGAUGGACGGGCGGUGUACCCGCACUGUAGCGAUGGAUGUCACCCGUCAGCGCGGAAUGACCGGGAUGUCAUGGCUCUCUGCCCUCUUCCCCCUUUCCCUCUGAUCUUCGAUAUGUGGUUUUUGUUGCCUAAUGUAAAUAUGACCCUUAAUAAAAAAGAAGGAAUUUUGUUUCCAUACAAA